UCCCCACCCCUUAUUUUUUUUUUUUCUUCGGCUCUUGUUCAGUGUGAAACUGUGAGGCUGAAACACCGAAUCAUUUUGUCUUGUUUGAUUGUAUGCUUCUUUCUCUUCUUCUCCUUCAGCUCUCCACGUGAACCCAGUUACCCCGUCCUCCUUCUUCGGCUCUUCUUUUUCUGAGAGGUUGGAUAUCAACAUCUGGUGGAUUGCAGAAGGUUGAGGAUGUUGCCCAUUGAUUCAACAAAGAAGUUAUCUUUUACUCGCUGUAUUCGUGAUGGAGAUUUGGUUAUUGUCUAUGAGAGGUAUGACAACAUGAAAGCUAUUGAAGUAUGUGAUGGUUCUGUACUCGAAAAUCGGUUUGGCGUGUUUAAACAUUCAGACUGGGUAGGAAAGCAAUUUGGUUCCAAGGUUUUCAGCACCAAGGGUGGAUUUGUUUACUUGUUAGCUCCUACUCCUGAACUUUGGACUUUGGUUCUAAGCCACAGGACUCAGAUUCUCUAUAUUGCGGACAUUAGCUUUGUAAUCAUGUUCUUGGAAAUAGUUCCUGGCUGUUUGGUUCUUGAGUCAGGGACUGGAAGUGGAUCUUUAACUACAUCACUUGCAAGGGCUGUAGCUCCUAAAGGACAUGUCUAUACAUUUGAUUUCCAUGAGCAAAGGGCGGUCUCUGCUAGGGAGGAUUUUGAGAAGACGGGAUUAAGCAACUUGGUCACUGUAGGAGUUAGAGAUAUUCAGGGUGAAGGAUUUCCAGAUGAACUUUCUGGGAUGGCAGAUUCUGUCUUCCUGGACCUACCCCAACCCUGGUUGGCCAUCCCAUCAGCUGGGAAAAUGCUGAAACAAGAUGGGAUAUUAUGCUCCUUCUCCCCAUGUAUUGAGCAGGUGGAACGAGCGUCAGAGACUAUGAGAUCAAGCUUUACAGAUAUAAGGACAUUUGAGAUACUCCUUCGGACAUAUGAAGUUCGAGAAGGGAAAUUGGAUGACUUCCAGGGUGACGAAGCUGCUUCUCUUGGAUCUCUUCCACGCAAAAGGCGGCAGCGAUCAAAUGAAGGAAGCAAUGUGCGAGAAACUACUGGUCCUCCCACAGUCAUGGCUAGGCCGUGCAGCGAGGCCAAAGGUCACACUGGCUAUUUGACAUUUGCAAGACUUAAAUGCCUCUCAUAAAGUAUGCAUUUUAAAUCUAUAUAUGAGAUAUAGAGUCUGAUUCUUGAGUCCGGUUCAUUUCCCAUCUUGUGUGAGGGGAAUACCCCAAAUAGUUGGGAUAAGGUUCUGUUGUUUGUGCUGUUUUUGUAAGGGGAAUUCUUUUUAACUAGAAAGUUUUGAGUGAAAUCACAUUAGAUGGCUACUAAGCACAAAUUUCACAAGGCGAAAAUGCCAAGCAUUCAGAGCCGAGGAAAUAAUUCUCCAAAACAUUAUAUUAUGCAUGGUACUUUUCUUUA